ACAGAUUCCCAGGAACCCUCAGCUGAACUGAGCUGCUGUGUGACUGUGUGCAGCAGCAUUUUUCACAGAGCUCACACUGCAGCUGUGCUCUUAUGUAAAACGUAGACACACACAACGGAUCCUCUCCUGUUCAGACUUAUGGAAGCUCUAAAACCUUCAGUAACUGAAAUCAGUUUUUAAUGGUUGAAAUACUUUCCUUUUUCCCUCAUUUCAGUUGGGACCCACUGUCAGUGCGUAAUGGUUGCCCGGGCAGAAUCCAUUUUACAUCAUGAGGAACCUCAAAGUUCAUGCUACCCACAGCCUUUGCCUCCAGCCUGGAACGCUGCUCAGGACCUCAAUUCCAUCACCACCAACUUACAGUAUCUGCAGACCUCAGGUUGGUAUUGGGGCUCUAUGUCAGCAAGCCAAGCUCGGGAAGUUCUUCAAUCCAGGUCUGAAGGAACAUUCCUGGUUCGGGACAGCAGCCACCCUCAGUACAUGCUAGCCCUGUCAGUGAAAACACGCUGUGGACCCACCAGUGUGCGGAUAGAGUACAACAGGGGCUGCUUCUGGCUAGACUCCACAUCCCCUCACCUGCCUAAGCUACAAGCUUUCCCAAAUGUUCCAAGCCUCAUCCAACACUACACCACCUCAAGGCAGACACCGCAGGACCUGGAAUCAGUCCAGCCAACAAUUAAGCCGGACCUGAUGCAGCAUGCACCUAAAGACAGCGGAGUCCCUCUCAAACUGCUACGUCCAUUGCUCAACAUCAAGGGUUUUCCUUCUUUGCAGCACCUGGCACGCCUUGCCAUCAACAAACACACAAACUGCACCGACCAACUGCCCCUCCCAAAGACUCUGCUGCACUACCUACAGAACUACCCUUUCUUCAUAUGAAGAUGGCAGCCUUGUGGACCCAGAAGUGGCAGAGAUACAUGGACAUGGUUGGGAUUAUUCUCCAUGGCAGCAUGCUGUGAAUAUGGAGCAGAGUCAGAUCCUGCAUCAACGCAGCAUAAGUCCUGGGGGGGAAACGGAGAUAGUCAAAAUACAAGAAGUCUCAAUGUUACCAAAUAUGACUGAACUCGGUCUUAGACCAACACAUCAGUUUGUCCUAAAAGUAAUUUUAUAUGUUUACCUACGCUUUUGUGAAGCGUGCACUGAAUCCUAUUAUUUUUUAUUCUUGGCUGUAAAAGUAAACCUGUGGAUUUACCGUAACAUGGUUUGCAAUGACCUAACUUUUAAAUAAUAAAGCAAAUUAUCAGAGCUUUUGAGUAUGAAAAUCUCCCAUCAUUUACAGAAGGUUAAAAAUGGAGACAUAUUUCCUACUUGUGUAAUGUUUAUAUUUAUUGUACUUUGUAUUGUACCGAGAAGGACAACAGAUUAAAAAAAAAUCACCUUUGUGGCUAAUUCUGGAAUGCUUUUUGAUAUGCAUUGCCCAUUCUAAACAGUGCAUAUAAUCAACAUAAUGUAGGAGAAACAGCAGUGUGACAAACUGUGGACCGAUAAAUAGUAUCCAAAAAAUACGGCAAUUUUACUAAGGUAGUUCUAAUUUGUUGACUUAGUUAGAGCUUACUUCUAAUGGAUACCAGAAAUUUGAAGGAAAAAAUAAAAAAAUUCUUUAAGAAAUUGAAAAUAGUGUGUUUUUCUACUCCUGCUUCUUGAAUAUACAUAAAUUUCUGUUCAUGUGUGACAUAAAGCUAUUAUAAAACACAUGUGAUUGUAACGUUCCGAAUGUGAAUUUGUUGCAGGUUAUUAGAGUGCAAAUGACUGUAAGUAAAUCAUCUUAUUUAAUUCUUUUAAAUGAAUGUAUGUGAAUAUAAAAAGAUUUAGAUCAUUUUGUUAUUAAAAAGGACCAGCAGCAAUUUUUAACUAUUUAAUAGUUUAUAUAUAGGAUGUGGGAUUUAUUCAUAUUAUUAUAUCUACAGGCUGAUAUGUUCCUUUUUUAUAAGGAUAGGAAAAACAACAGAGAUUUGUUCUCAUCUCAUCAAUGCCACUUUAAUUCUCAGAAGUUCAUCAUUGUUUAGAUUUCAGAGAAAGGAAAAAUAUUUUUCAUCUAUUUGAAUGGCUGACCACUUUACUGUUCAGAUGAAUGAAAGGCAUUAUUGUUUUCAUGGAAAUGCAUCUGAGUUGGCUUCCGCGAGCUAGAGCCAAGCAACACCGAGAAAGCCUCUUAUCAGGAUUAGAAUAAGAGCUGCAUGAAGCUAUUCAUUUGCUGCAGCACAGGCUGAGUUCAACAUCUCUUUCUAGUUCAGUUUAUCUUUAAUAACAGAGAAAAUCUUCUUAUACUGAGCAGAUAUUAUGUAAGAGCCUGCAUUUCCUGUGGUUGUUAUUAAUUUAAUGUAACUUUUCUUUCUUGCAGAUCUCCAGCAGUAAUGUUUGUAUACUGUAGUUAUGUAUCUGUUUUACUCUUGUUCAAUCUGCUGUGAAAGGCAAUCUCA